UGUCGAAAUUUUGACUACCAACAGUUUAUUUCUUUAUAUAUCAUGGAGCUCUUAAAAUCUACAUUGGUCAAAGUGGUAUUUGUCUUUUCGGUGUUUGUCGGUAUUUGUGAUGCAAAAGAUCGUGAUAAAGAAAUAAACUGUUACUCAUGUAACACCAUGUCCAGUAUUUUAAAUGCGUCGGAUUACACGUGCAGGUCUGAUUUGACAAAUGUGCCAACAUGCAAGGGCCAUGAAUGCCAAGUCGUGAGAAUUGAAUAUUCAGGAGAUGAAAUGAUAAUACGAGAUUGUAUGGUACGUCAUAAAGAUGGAGCAAUGAUGACAUUUUUGGGGCCAUCUUUCGAGAAGUCCGUAACACGAAAAUUUUUUGGCGCCAAAAUAUCUUGGAGAUCCUGUGACACAGAAUUGUGCAACUGGGGGGUAGCACAGAGAGCACAGACCUUAAUUCUGUUCCUUAGUACUGUGUUGCCUUUGUCCGUGUAUUGUUAUUAUUUUUAAUUUUGUAUUACAUAUAUAAAUUGACGGCUUAUAAAUGCUUGUGCGCGAAAUUGCAAUGUAAACUGCCUUAAAGAGAAAAUAAUAGAAACUACUUUAAGUGUAAUGAUGUAUUGUAUAUUCCUUGCUUAUAAUAACCCUUUUGUUUUUUAAUAUAAAUAAAUUAUUUUUACUAGCUA